AUGGCUACUACUGAUGAUUUUUCUGCGUUGGAAACAAAAGAUGCUCUUUUAUCCAACCAUAAAGAGGUUGUAUUUUUCCUCACUGCUCUGAAGCCAAUUUUCUCUGAAACUUUGACCCACAAGGACAAAGAGACUGAACGCAAGAAGAAACAGAAGGAAUUGGACUCCUGGGUUGAAAAUGACUUCCUCUAUAAGAAUUUUAUUCUUAACGGUUUAUCUGAUGAUCUCUAUGAUUAUUAUAAUUCAGACAAGUCAACAAAGGAAAUUUGGGAGGCGCUGCAAAAGAAAUAUGAUACAGAAGAGGCGGGGACUAAAAAAUAUGCUGUUAGUCGCUACCUAAAGUAUCAAAUGGUGGACGAUAAAUCUAUGGAAGCCCAAUCUCACGAAACUCAGAAAAUCACGCAUGAGAUUAUCUCAGAAGGUAUGACUCUUGAUGAACAGUUUCAAGUUGUUGUUUUAAUUGACAAAUUUCCUCCUUCCUGGAAGGAUUUUAAAAAUGUACUCAGGCAUAAGACUAAGGAACUUUCCUUAGAGAGUUUGAUCAUCCACCUUCAUAUCAACGAGGAAGCAAAGAAACAAGACCAGAAAGAAGAGGUGCUUGUUGUCUCUAACAGCAACCCCAAGAAGUCCACACCUGCGUUUCUGAAGCCCAAUGGCAAAAAUUUUAAGAAUUAG